AUGGCGGCCGCGACGACGACGGCAACAGCAACAUUUGUUCAUGAAACUAACACCACUCUCAAAAGGUCUUAUGCACCCGACUUAGCACCUAAUACAUCCUGCUUCCCUUCUAAACCGUUCGAAUCGGUACACCAGCACAAAGGUUACCCAACAUACAUACCCUCGAAAUCGCUGCGUGGUCCACCAUCGCAGAGCCAUCGCCUCCCUCGUCUGGCUGUACCACAGACCUCGUCCUGGAUCCCAAGGACCAGCAUGGUGCAGACUAGUACUCGGCCGAUGCCCUCGUUUAUGUCCGUGUUCGGAGAGGACGCAAGUACUACUGGAAUCAAAGAAAGCGUACAUGGAGGCGCUGUAGCACGACCUGCUUCGAGCGGGAACAUAACACACGGUUCGACUUCAUCGAACGCACACUACUCGGGAUUCCACGUCCACCGCGACAGUACCUCAACGCUUGCGUCUGAAUCCUCGGACAAUUCCCCCACUACCACCAUAUCAACAAUGGACAGCUCUUCCGCCACUGAGAUAUCUCCAGGACCUUCACCUGAGUCUCCAUCGUCCAGAGUCAUGGCAUCCGCUUUCUCCGCGGACUUUAGGUCCCGAAAGACAGACAACGCAUCAUUGGACAAUUCUCCAACGACAUUCUUCGAGCUUCAACGUCCUGUCACUCCCGCGAAGAAACCGCGCAAUCUCAAGAACUUGGGCAUCAAUACCACUAGCUCUCUGGGAAAUCUACGUAAUAAUGCAACCGCCUCGUUGCCGGCCAUUGCACCAAAAGAAAAGAAUACUUCGGCACCAGCUUCGCCGUCCUUCAUAAAGCCACCAACUCCACCAAAACGAAGACCAUCGAACUUGAGUCUGACCAUUCAGACCCCCGGUAGCGAUACCAAACCCACACGGCUGAUCAUUCCCUCCACGCCUGCGAUGAACAGGCCGGCGCUGCGACAUUUUCAGUCAUCGCCAUCUUUGCCAUUAUGCUCUCCCAGUGUCGUACCCUCUGGAGGUAUGCGUCUUCCGGCUUUGAGACCAAUAAAGACCAACCCGCACGGAUUUGCCGAAGUCCCCGUAGAGAUUGAGGAAGAAGAUCAAGAACCCAACUUUGACGUUCCCCAGUCCCGCGAAGAGAAGCCGGCUGCGUAUCCUAAUGGACCGAUAUGUAUAUACGAGUCUGGUGUUUACCUGUACUUUGAGCCUACAGCUGAGCAGGCAAGGGAGUUUGAUGUCAUCGUCAAUGUUGCAAGUGAGGUGAAGAAUCCCUUCACCCAUCCAGUCCAGGCAUCCCAAAAAGAUUUGGACGCGAGACGAAUUGACGGUCCCCCUGCGGAGAAUGUAGACUUUGCCGCAAUCCCUGAGCGAGCAAAUAAGUCCUCGUUCGAUGUUCAAAAUAACUCCCCAACAACGCCAAAGGCAACUCCCUCUUUCAAGUCGAUCGCCCCAUCAUUCGAGCUCGACGGAAAUGGAAAGCCAGAGUACAUUCACAUGCCCUGGGAACACAACACCGACAUCGUCCCAGACCUUUAUAAGCUCGUCAAGACGAUGGAUGAGAGAGUCCAGCAACGUAAACGUAUCCUAGUUCAUUGCCAGUGCGGUGUCAGCCGAUCCGCUAGCUUGAUCGUGGCCUAUGGUCUCUACAAGAAUCCUGGAAUCAGCGUCCAGGAGGCAUAUGAUGCCGUUAAAAAGCGAAGCAAAUGGAUUGGUCCUAACAUGAAUCUCAUUAUGCAACUACAAGAGUUCAGAAAUGGAUUGAUGCGAGCAAACGAAGGCAGGCAUACUCAAGGUUUCGGACUACCGCGAAGGUCUGCAGGUCUGGCCACGGGUGUCUCGAACGUGGGCCACAGGAGUUCUCCCUUUGAUAGAGAGGCAACGACUGGCUCUAGGACCCCUCGCACUGCUCCUCUCCCUCCGGAAUCAGAUAUAUCUUUGCAGCGAGCGAGCACCGGAAGCAUGAUGGCCAUCCCCCCAGGCCCAUUGUCCGCCCCUUCUGGUGUAUUUUACUCUGCAGACUUCCGUCGUUCUUGGGGUUCCAGUCAAACUAAUUUCGAUUUGUCGCCCAAGUCGUCGCCAAAAUCUACAGCCUAUGUCGAUCCCAAAGGUCAAGUCGUUCCUGUUCUGUCCAUCACAGAGAAUGAUGCAUCUGCCACCUUUGACCAGUCGGCAAACACUAAGGAGUCUGCCAAAGAGAAGCAGGCUGCUGUAGAACCUAGACCAGUGUCGGUCCCGAACUUCUCGCGUGUGCUGCCUCUCCGCAAUUCCAUGCUCAACGGCGAUUCUCAUCUUCCCAAAGUACAAGAAGCGUCGCAGAAUGGGCCGUUCCUCGCUGCCCCGGAGCCACCCUCAAUAUCCAUCCUAUCGCCCACUACGUCGACAUUCCAGAUACCCACGAUCCCACAUACCGAGCAGGCUAACAUGAAUGACUUACGAUCACCUAUGCGUACUCAAUUCAACAUGAAUCCAUGGCCGAGGAGCGGCUCCAGUGAUAUGACUGUACCUAGUUCACCACCCUCGUAUGAGGAUCCCAUGUCACCACGAUCCACCGGGUUUCAAUUGGCGGGUUUCAGCAUGGUCGAGCCAGAUGGGUUAAUGUCGCCGCGCGCCACAGCAUUUGAUCUGCCACCAGCUCCGGUGGCAACAAACGACGAACCAUCUCACCAUUUCGACGUAAUCUCUCCAAUCAAAACAGAGUUUCCCAAAGACAUGUUCCCGCCCACAACGUCUGCAGCCGAGACAGAUGUGGCUUCGCCGAGAUCAACCGACUUUCACAUGACCCCCAUCAAGCCGCAAGAAGCAAACGAGGACCCAUUCGGCUUAACCUCCCCCAAGCAUUUUGAAUUUCCAAGCAGCGUACAUGACGAUGCUAAGACCGGGCUCGAGGAGGUCGAUGAAUCCACUUUCCGACGCCCUUCAUUCCAGGCCAUCCUUCCUCCUUCAGGGCUCACACAGCCAGAGUCGACUAAUGGUCCCAUCUCGUUGAAUGGGAUUGCGCACGCACAACCACUGGUGGUCCUACCGAAAUCAUCAAGCAACGAAACACCCAAGACCCCGGAAGUCCCCAGGAUGGAUAGCCUGAGCAACUUCGCGGCGAUGAAUGGAACGGACCCUUUGGAACCCCAAACACCCGAAUUCCCUAGUCCUUUACCAGCUAGAACACCCGAGAGUCAAUUUCUCACGACACCAUCCAAGAAACUGGGUAUUCGAACGCGAUUCUCGUCGCCAAAUCUACGUGAACAACGACGUCUACAGAAGUUACAGACUGAGAUGGAAGCGAUGCUUCCCCAAAAGGCUCCUGUUCCUACUCAGUCAGCCGAUGAUCUAGACGCGCUCAUGUCCCCGCGUGCCGAGGAGUUCACCAGGAACCCCUUCCACCUUGACUUGCAGAAGCCAACUUCAAACGAAGACGUCAGCCCUGCAUCUUCCACUGAAACGAUCAAGGAGAAUCAUGUUUGGAAGGAGACGCAGCACUUUACUCCCCAGAAGGUUGCUCAGGAUCCUCGAAGUCCCGUGCAGACAGGAAGCAGUCCGAUCGUGAGGAAUAUUUGGGAUGUACUUUGA